CUGGAUGUUAUUUUUGUUGCAAGUGGCCACCAAACAAUUAAGAGGCGUAAACUACAUUGAGUUUUUAUUGUGGAUUACUUUCCACAAAAAUAUCACCCAUCGAAUUAAAAUUAAAAGGCUGAAUGAUAUUUUUGUGGAAAAUGGUCGCAAAACAUCACAAAAUAAAAAUAUUUUCGUUCCCAAAAAAAUACAUGCAACGAGAUAGCAAACUUUAGAGCAACAUACCAAAAUCGGUUUUUUUCUCAAUUUUGAAUGUGAAUAUUUUAAUACCUGUAGUUUUGACAUUAAAUACAAUAACAUUAUAACGGCAUUAGAUUGUUACUUUAUUUUAGGCGUCAAAAUUUUCGACACUUGACGGUAUUGUUUAAAGAUUUUUCAAUACUUUUUGAAAACGUCAUCUACCACUUGCCAUGAUCUUUAAAAAAAACGUAUUAGAAAUGCAAAAUUAAAAUUCAUUAUGCCGCUUUGGCAGUAAAAAUGCCAAUAUCACAGUAUUGAAAUUAAACAGUUGAAUGGUAUUUUUGUGGGAAGUAACUGCCAAAGGAUAGUACAAACUACUUAUUAAAAAAAAUACUUUGGUAUAUAUUAUUAUACCAAACAAAAAUUCGAAUUUUAUGGAUAAAAAUUAUAAAAAUUUUAUACGAUUGGAAAACUGGAAAAUAUUCUUUGUUAAACUUGCAUACAUACAUACAUACAUAUAUUUAUCUAAAAAAAACAUGAAUGUAGGUACUGUCAAAUAGGUUCUUUCAUUUUUAUAUACACAUAAUGUAUAUACAUACAUAUAAAAUAUUUCUUUUUUAAUUUUUGUUCUUAUUGUAGGUUCUGUAUUCCUCAAUGCCAUCAGUUGCGUACUUUAACCAGAUGAUUUCGCAUGGAAAAUUUUCAAGUCGCGGUGCGGUUUAUAAAAAUUUUAUUUUUCUGAAAAUAUUUUAAGAAUUUAUCAUUAAAAAUUAUGAAAAUAAAAUAAGUAAAAAUAUAAUAUUAUAAAAUUUAUUUUUCAAUUAAAAUAAAUAAAUUUAUUAAAAUAUUUCACCUCAAUUUGGUGAAUUUAAAAUUUCAAUAUAAAAAAGAAGAAAAAUUUUUUUUUUUAAAGUCGUCAAUUCUUUAACAAAAAAAAAACAUAAAAAAUAAAAGUGAAAAUAAAAAAAAUUAUUGGAUUUUGAAUAGAAGAGAAUUUUUUAAAAACACAUUAUAGUUUUAUUAUUCAUUUUAAUAAAUAAAAAAUAAUUUUGAAAUAAAAAAAAAAUUAAAAAGCAAAAUAUUGAUUGUAAAAGAGAGAGAGAGAGAGAGAGAAAAAAAACAAGAAAAUUUUAUUUAUUGUUUACAUACAUUAUAUAACAUAACAAUUGUGUAUAAAUAUUUUGAUAAAGAAAAGAAUAAAAUACAAGAAAAGCAAAAGUCAAAGAAGAAGAAAAAAACGAAAAUAAAGACAAGAAUUUAAUAACAUCAUAUAAGAAGAAGGAAAGGUCAUCAUUUUUGAACAAUGUUCGUUGAAUUCAACUCUUCUAUGAUAUACUCUUCAAUCAAUUUACAAUAAAAAAUUUAUAAUUGAAAAAAAUUAAUUAUAAUUUAUAUUAAAUAUUUACAAAAUAUUCUAAUCAUUGAAAUAAUAUAUAAAAUAAUUACAUAUAUUAUAUAAAUAUAUUUGUUAGCUAUGUUGCAUAUAUGCGUAGAGCAAUGUCAUCAUAAUAUUACAUAAUAUAAUUUAUUAUUUUAAAUGCCAAUAUAAAAUAAUUAAAGCAUUUUUUCAAAUACUUAUAUAAUAACCCUAAUAUAUAUACAACAAUAACAAAAAAAACGAAAAACAAAAUAAAAGAAAAAAUAAAAACAAAUGAUAAUAAUAUUUAAUUAAUUUAUAUUUAAUUAUACAAUUUAUAUAAAAUAAUACAAAAAAAAAUAAUGAAAAAACAAUUACAACAAUAAGAACAACAAUAACAAUAAAAUAUUAAAAAAAAAUUUCACAUUUAUUUUUAUAUUAAUUCAAUAUAAUUAUAUUCAAAAAUAUACUAAAGAGGUCGCUUACUGUCAUUACAACAAUUAUAUAUAAAUAUAUAAUAUAUUAAAAACAAAAUAUCCUAAUUACAACAGUUAUAUAAAAUACAUAAAUAUAUAUAUAUACAUAUAUAUCAAACAUAUAUAUAUAUAUAUACUUAUAUAAUGUAUAUAUAAACACUAAAUACAGUUUAUUUAAAGUUUUUACGAAUAAAACCACAACAAAAAAAAAUUAAUAAAUAAACAAACAAAACAACAUUAAGAAAAGAAGUAACAAACUAUAUAUAUAUAUACCAAUAUUUAUUAUAUACUUGCAUAUAUAUAUAAAUAUAUCUGAAUAAUAUAUAUAAAAACUACAGAACUACAUAUUUUAACAUAUUGAAUAAACGUCAUAUUAUAUAAAUUGUAUAUGUCAACAAAAUAACCUCAAAAACAACUUGUCAAAUAUGUGCGUGUUAAAUUUAUUUUAUUUUAUUAUUUUGAUUUUUUUUUCUUUAAUAAUUUUUUAACAAAUAUAUACUUACUAUAUAUUUUAUAUACAUAUAAAUAUUAGAUGGUGAAAUGUCUCGUGACACUUCACCACGGCAUAGUGUUAAAAAAUCAUCAAAUAAUAUAAUUGGCACAUCUGAUGUUGUAUCACCAAUAUAUGAAAAUGAUGAUGAUCAAAAUAAAUCAUUACCAUUAACAACAUCACCAAAAUCAACAACAUCAACAACAACAGUAUCAAGAACAAAAUCAAGAUCACCAAUUAGAUCGACAAGUACAUUAUCAUCAUCACAAUCAUCGAUAUCAGCUAUAACACCACCACCACAUUCACCAGCUUCAGCAUUUGGAAGUGGUGGUAUUAGUGGUGGUAGUGGUGGUAGCCCAACAAUACCAUCAUUUACAACUGGAACGGGACCAAGUCGACAAAGAUCUUUGCGAGAUCGUUUAAAAGAUGGAAUAACUGGAAGUUUUACAUGGCAGUGAGUACAAAAAAAAAUAAAAGAAAUUUAAAAACAAAAAAUUCAU